AUGGCUUCCGCCUCGACUCCUACCCCCGGCCCUAGUGCGGCGGCGGCCUCGCAAUUGCUGCGCUCCAAGUUUGCGCUGCUGCCCGCCGAGCUGCGCCUCAAGAUCUGGUCGUGCGCCGUCGAGGCGCGAGUCGCCAUCCUCGACGACCUCGUGCAGAAGACGAGGUCGUACCCGAUUCCACCCGUCACCCAGCUCAACGUCGAGGCGCGCACUGAGUCCCGCCGAGGCUACGAGGCCGUCGGCCGCGGCUCGCACCUGCACUUCUCCAGGGACAUCGUCGUCUGCGACGCCACCCUGUGCGACCUGCGAUCCAGCAAGCCGCUGGAGGAGCUGGCGCCGCGGGUGCGACGGCUGGCGUUUUGGGACUGCUUCCCGGACGAUGGGCGCGUCGACGUGCUGCAGCACUAUUCUGCCUACGUCGCCGCCUGCUUCCCGCACCAGGGUCUGGGGAGGGCUGAAUUCGACAAGUUUUGGUUCCCCAACCUGAGCCAUCUCUGGAUCGUCAAGGUCGGAGAAGUGGACCGGUCCUGGAACAUCGCCGUCGACAAGAAUGUGCCCUUUGAGACGCAGGCGAGGAAGACGGCGCGCCAAUUUCGGUACUGGAUCAACGGCGGCAUCAUCGAGAUGGCGACGCUCGACCUUGACGAGCCCGAGACCAAGGCGGUCUUGAGGGAGGGCAGAUGCGGGCGCGCAGACUGCCGGGAGCUGAAUCGGGAGCGGCCCACCAUGGUUUCCAAGGUGACGUUUAUCGACGGUCCAUACAACGACGACAAUGACGACAGGGGGGCCCCCCCGCGGUGGAAGCGCAUCCGGCCGUGGUCCGCGUGCUCCGACGACGGAUGCUCCGAGGACCGGAUGCGGUGGAUGCUCGUCGAGAGAACUCUCACCUUUUCACUGCGCUGGGAGGGCUCGGGCGAGGACCACGAGGCCUCGACGACGCGGCGCCAGGUGUACGAGGAUGCCAACGGGGGCGGCGGUCGGAGACGCGAGGCAGUGGCGGAUCCCUGGUGA